AUGAGCCCUGUUAGGUCCAGCAGCGCGCUGCAGGCGCCCGCCGACACCCCGGGGUGUACGGCUCCAAAGGGCCUUCAGAGCGACAUGGAUACAGUGAAUGACAUGCAGCUUUCUGUCCUCUUGCACUCACUGGCUGCCUUCGCUCAUGGCCUCUGCAGGCUUGCGAAGCGCGCAGAUGCCUUGGCGAGGCCCCUUGACGGUCCCCAGCCACGACUCCAUCCCUCUCAAGACAGUGCUCACAUUGCUGCAGCGGAGAACCUCUUUAAAGACUUUUGUGACGCCUUGUCACUUUCCAGCUUGCCUCUGAGCCGGAUGCAACUCCCCCUCCUCCAUAAUGACGUCCUGGACGCUCUCACUCCGUGGCAGGCUGCAGGUGUCGACCGGUGGGUAGCCACACCGAAGAAAGGGUCUGCUCUGUCUUUCCCCUCCACAGAUCCUUUUGCCUUCGCAGAAGCUCUUCAGCAACUACAUGAACAGCUGCUGCAGUUGGUCACUCCCGGAGACGCUCACGGCCUCUCCAAAGCCUCGCUCCCCCCCACGCGGAUCAGACGGUGGAGUCCAUCUUCCCGUGAGACGUUUUCUCGCGUUGCCCGUCUAUUCCGCUUUUGCUGCCGUGUCAGGAACAGUAGUCUCUUGUACUCCGCCUUUUUGAUGCUCGCAUGCUGCAGCUCUGGCGGCAAGGAAGACCGAUUUCUGCAUUUCCUUGCAUCUGUCUGGCUGCUCUGCGACGAGGCCGACGACGCGCUCGAGACGGUAAAUCCCACGGAUUCAAGCACGUGGCAAGCAGCCACGGGAAAUUCCAAGAGGGGGGGACCCCUUGCUGAGCCCUCUCUAGCUCCCGAGGAGAAGGGGUAUGAUCCUCAUGGGGAACUUCUCAGCAGCGUCUCGGAUGGGGAAGGCGGCCUCCCAGCAGCUACUGUGCCUGCAGAAGGAGAGGCACCCUCCGUGCGUCGAAGUAAGGGAGGUGAACGGAGCUUCCGCCGCCUCUUGAGCGGAGCUGCGCUUUCCCGUUCGACUACAAAGCUGCCCUUCUCGUGGAAAAGAGACGCCUUCUCUGCCUCUCCCGGAGGAACCCCUUCAAGGACGCUAGAGCAGCCAAGCUUGCAGGGCACUUCAGGGAUUUCCGAAACUGCAGGAACGCACUGUGCCUUGUUGGCCGUUUCUCGAUGCCAGUGUGUUGCCUACAUUCGCGGAUUUGUCGCAAGCUUACUGCCGCCUCUCCUUUGGUCCUUCCUGAGCCGCACGUUGCUGCCGCCAGCAGCGCAGAGUCUCCCCCACCUCCUUGUCCCCGCCUUGGAAGAGGCGAAACGAAGCGGCCUCUUGCAAGAAUGGCAGGCAGCUUGCGGGGAGGCGUCCUCCUUGGAACGGCAAGCGUGUUUCUCAACAAAGUGCGCACCAGACGGGAGGGACGAGGAAGAAGGGGGCACCUCGAGAGAGUCCUUCUUCCAGAGACUCCGUGAACGGAUCACACAGCUGGAAACAACAGACGCCGCAGUCCAACUCCGGGAAAGCUUUGGACUGGAGGACCUAUUGCUCCUCUUUGCGGGCUCUAGCGAGGGAGGAAAUCGCUGGGGAAGCACUUCUCAGCGGCGUCACAACAAGCGGCGGUCUAUGGGAUCGUCUGUUGCUGUAUCGGCAGUGCUGCCGGAGAGUCUGAGACUUGACGGACGACAGCAGGGGGCCUCCGAGUCUGACGCCAACACCCUGCUGCGCUUCCUCCCGUCUUUCGCGGGAGGUUCUCUCUGUGCCUCUCUCCUGUCAACACAGCAGCAACGCAGCCGCAGACUCGAGGCCUUCCUUGGGCAUGCAGCGGACGCAACGGAGGCGUCAGAGGAACAUGCGAUGAGACAACAGCUCGAGGAGAGCGGCACUCUCCUCACCGCCUUCAGUGACGGGGAAGCAGCGGCCCCUGCCCGCUACCGAGAAUACCUUAUUAUGCAGAGAGAGGCUCUCCCAGACGCCCCUUUCCUGACGACCGAUGGCCUCCAAAGCCUUUGCGAACGGGUGCUUGCAUGCUUUUGUUGCUAUGCAGGCGCAUGCGGGGGCUUGGAAGAGAGCGUGGCUGUGGCAGCUACCACUGCAGGGGAGGUGGUGACCUCGGAGCCUAUUUCCGCAGUGGGAGGGGGGCCGCACGCCUCUUGUAAAGUGCUGGGGGUGUCUGACUCGGCGGUAGCAGCAGAAGCAGCGCAGGGGGCUUUGUGGGCUCAGCAACAGCUGCUCCUACAUCCGGAUGGCCAUGCGGCCCUCCUCUUAGCCGGCCUAGCAGCGGCAAUAGCAGAACCGCAAGGAUUUCUGCCCCUCCCCCUCGAGGUGCUACUGCCGCAGCCGCUUCGAUUGCUGCUUGAGCAGCAACAACAGCGGGAACGGCGAGGACAGCCGCAAGGUUCAGAGAGAGGACCCCUUGAGCUGGAUGCAUGGGCAGCGCGCCUUGUUGACGGCGCUCUACUGCCUUUAGAUUGUGCGUGUGGGGGCAGCGUAAGGAAGGGUGCCUUUGACGCAAUGGAGAAGGCUCACUGCCUCAAUGCUGCUGCUGCGAGCCGCGUGUCAGUGGAGCUGCUUCUAAAUCUAGAGGUUGACCCUAUGAAGACAGGACGAGCCCACCUGCCGGUGGGGGAGUGCCUUAUGAUGCAACUGUGCAAGACUCUGGGGAGCCUCAUGCACGCCAAUCGUCCGGUUAGCAGCGUCAGCGAGCCCUCUUGGACGCUCCCUUUAGGGGGCAUUGAGUCCUUAGCGAAUGGUGUUGCCGAGACAGUGCAGCAGUGGGAGGGCCAGGUAAACUGUGCGAUGGCACAAGUAAUAGCCAUCGAGCAGCACGUCUCCACGCUCCUGCAGAGAGCCCAUGCUGCUGCUGCUGCUAGUGGAGGAGGUUUAGAGCGCGUAGCCUCAGCAGGGGACGACAGAGCUAGCGCCCCCGGCCUUCCUGCUUGCGGCCAAGUGCUCCUUGAUCCCGAAGCGCGGCAGCAGCAACUGUGCCUGUUGCUCUUGUUGCACCAGUCGCAGCACUUUGGGUGUAACUGCUGCUGCUGCUCCUUCACCGACACGAUGGACUGCCCCCUUGUGGCGCAUCUGGUGAGCCUCGCGGCUGCGGAGUGUCACGGAACCCCCCGUUCACGGCGAAUUCUCCCGAGGCAAGGGGAGGCCCCCCCACAACCCACCCCAGCCGUCGGCAGCAGCAGUUCUCCCCCGGCACUGCCUGCAUCCCUUGACGACUCCCCUUGUAUUCGGCAAGCAGCUGACACGCCUUCAGAUACAGACGCCAAGGGAGAUAACCACGGGGGAGGCACCGAGAUGCCUCUAUGGCCCCUGAUACGCCAGCGGCUGGUGCUGCACCGCUUAGAGCUGGCAGCUCGACAGUGUAUGCUGCGGUCCGAGAGAGAUCCAUUGCUCCGGAGUUACUGGGCCUUCGUGGCUCUGGGCGGAGGGCAGGAGGCACAUAGAAACUUGCAGGGGAACAACUGCGGGAGUGGGACGAAUGGACAGCUUUUGUUUGCUGCCUUGCAUCAUAAAAGCUCUUUCAGGGGCAGCUUCCCCGCCAAAUAUCGCACAUUUUUGUCUAGUCUGUUGGAGGGCGACCUCGAGGCCGCCUUCAUGCAGGCUUUGCACGCCCUCCACUGCCUCUUCAAAGGCACUAUAGUUCUUGCUAAAAGAGGCGCUAUUCGCACGUGUCGUGCUCCUCGUAUCGCGGCUAAGCCAAGUAUGCACCCCCCUCCCCAGCUACAAAGUGCCCAAACGCAGAAAAAACAAACCACCCCCCAAUUUGCUGUUAUCGCUGCAGCGACAGCUCCUAAGGCCGCUUUCGACCCCUGGAGCACAGACGAUCAACAAAGCGCCGUCGUUUCUUGUGGCAGCACACAGCUAGGUCCCCCCAAUCAUUCGUGGGAACCUCAAAACCAGCCAGGCUGA